AUGAAGUCAGACGCGCAGAGAACGCGUGCGGUCGAGACCGUUGACGCCUACUGCGUGGCCCAUCAUCUCCACCUGGUCGCACUUGUGGUGCUCCCCUCGAGCGUCUCGUCGCCGCAUGCCGCGAAGACCCUGCAGAGUAUCCAGGAGGACCUCCACUUCGGCGUCUCAGCGUGGUGUGAAGUUCUCCGUGAAUGCCUCGUUGAGCCCGUGUCCCUAGUCCAGGACUAUGUGGACACGCUCACGGCUGCAUCCGGGCGCGUCGUCAUGGUGCUCUCCUCCGAUCAUCAACCAUGGCCUGCUUCUCUACAUGAGUUGCAGGACAGAACUCUUCUCUCCACCGCCCAGUACUUGCGGCGGGUGCUUGAGCCGUUGGGUAUCAGAGUCUCAACCGUUUCCACUGGGCCCUCAGCCCCAGCCACCGCUUCUUCCACGACAUUUGCGGAGGCCAGGUGA